UGUAUCUUUACCACUCAUCCAUUGCAAUGGCAAGCUCUAUUUAUUUCUGCUUGCUGAGGACAGUUUUCCUGGUGUGUUUUGUUAACCCUUUAAUCCAAGGACUAAGUGGUGAUGUAAACUUGGUCAAGGAUCAUCGUGAUCAACUGGGAAAUAAUCUCACUGGACUUCCAAUCGUCACGUUUGAUUGGCAUCAUGUUCAGACUCCAUUCCAGGUGAUAAUUUGGGUAUUUGUGGCUGGAUUGGCAAAACUGUCAGUGAUUGAACUUAACCAUCAUGUCAUCAAUGUGAUCCCAGAGAGUGGUCUGCUCAUUAUGAUGGGCUUUAUUUUGGGAGGAAUCGUCUGGGGAGCAGACAAGGCGCAGACAUUCAAACUGCUUCCUCCCACUUUCUUCUUCUACUUGUUGCCCCAGAUCAUCUUGGAUGCAAGUUACUUUAUGCCCAACAAGCUAUUUUUUAGCAACCUGGGUUCCAUUCUCAUUUACGCCAUCUUUGGAACGUGCUGGAACGCAGCUACAGUGGGCCUCUCGCUUUGGGGCUGCCAUGAGGCUGGAGUGAUGGGUAACUUGGACAUCGGUCUCCUGCAGUUUCUAUUAUUUGGCAGUUUAAUCGCCGCGGUGGAUCCGGUGGCCGUGAUUGCCGUGUUUGAAGAAGUACAUGUGAAUGAGGUGCUCUUUAUCCUGGUGUUUGGAGAGUCGCUGCUCAACGAUGGCGUCACAGUAGUGCUUUACAAUGUAUUUGAUGCUUUUGUCGCUCUUGGAGGCCCAAGGAUUGACGCAGUAGAGAUUUCUAAGGGCAUAUUUUCAUUUGUUGUGGUGGCAUUUGGAGGCUCAUUUCUUGGCAUUGUGUUUGCCAUCCUACUGUCCCUGCUGACCAGGUGCACCAAACACAUUCAGAUCAUCGAAGCCGGCUUUAUCUUUGUGGUGGGCUACCUGGCUUACCUGACAGCAGACAUGCUCUCCCUCUCUGCAAUACUUUCAGUCACCUUCUGUGGUAUAUGCUGUCAGAAAUAUGUGAAUGCCAACAUGGAUGAGAAAUCAGUCACUACGGUUCGUCAUGCCAUGAAGGUGCUUGCAAACGGCUCAGAAACCAUGAUCUUUGUAUUCUUGGGUGUUACAGCCAUUGAUACAGAGAUCUGGGUUUGGAACACAGGUUUCAUCCUCCUCACCCUCCUCUUCAUCUUUAUAUACAGAAUUAUAGGAGUUUUCUUGCUCACCUUGAUGUUGAACAAGUUCAGAUUGGUCCCCAUCGAGUUCAUUGACCAGGUUGUAAUGAGCUACGGUGGCCUGCGGGGGGCAGUGGCGUAUGGACUAGCAGCCAUGUUAGACCAAGACAAGAUCCCAGAGAAGAAUCCGAUACUUAGUACCACACUCAUUGUGGUGUAUUUCACUGUCAUUCUUCAGGGAAUAACAAUGAAGCCAUUAGUUCAGUGGCUCAAGGUCAAAAGAGCAGCUCAUUCGGACUUGAAACUUAUUGAGAAAGUAAACAAUAGGGCAUUUGACCACAUACUAGCAGCAGUGGAGGACAUUUGUGGACGUAUAGGAGAUAACUGGUGGACCCGAGGUUGGAACAGGUUUGAGGAAAAUUAUAUCAGCUGGUUAUUGAUGAAACCUAAGGCCAGAAAAAACAGAGACUACCUAUUUAGUAUCUUCCACAAACUCAAUCUGGAGGAUGCUGUUAACUACGUCAGUGAGGGUGAACGUCAAGGAUCUCUGGCCUUCAUUCGUAGUGAUGAAGCAGCCAAUGUAGAUUUCAAAAAACAAUUUGAUUCAGAAUUUACAGAUGUGAUGCCUGAUAUAAUGGUUGAUGUGUCAAAUUAUGAGCUUGGAAUCGAAAAAUUUUCAGUAACCUCCAUUAUAAAAGACACCAUUCCCUCUGUAUCCCUGGACAUCCAUGGGCAAGACAGGAAAAAUGCGAUGGAUGACAUCAAUGCCAAUCAUCUUCUACAGCAGCAUCUGUACAGGAGCCGAAAGAAUCAUCGUCACAAAUACAGUCGCAGUGAUUUCGGCAUCAACCAGAGUGAGAACGAGGUGCAGGAGAUCUUCCAGAGGACCAUGAGGAGCCGCCUCGAGUCCUUCAAAACAGCUAAGAUGGGUGUCAGCCCUGCCAAAAAAAUUACAAAGCACCACAAGAAGGAGCUUACACACAAGAUGGCGAAUGGACACCCAGAAGGCACAGGCCAUCUAUAUGGAGAUGAAGAGAAUCCAGUAGUUUUCCCAGAUAUGGACACUUCCACUCACAACAGCCUUCCCUGGCUAAUGGAGACUGAUGCUGUCGCACCUUCCCAGAGGGCCCAGUGGCAUCUGCCCUGGACACCCAACAGACUGCGGCGUCUUGCACCCAUGAGGAUCAGCACCUACUCCACAGACUCCUUCCUGAUGGCUGAUCUGGAGGAACAUGAAGAAAAGCCCCAAACAGACCAUGAAUAAAUACGACAAGUCUUUGACUAUAUACUUCAGGACAAUAAAGCAGCAUGCCACAAAGUACAUCCACAGGCAUGGAAGCAUGCAUCUACAGAUUUCAGUCCAAACCUAAAAAAAAAAAAAACCAAAGCUGCAGGAAAGUCCACUAAAAUGAAACAGCAUGGACCAAAAUCUCAUGGAUGUUUCCAUGGAAUCAAUUCAGGGCAACAUAUUCAUGUACUAUUGAGUGCAUACAGCAGUAGAAAAAGAAAACUAAUGCUUUCAGAGUUUUCCAAGUGACCCUUCUUCUUUCCAAAUUUUAUGAUUUUUAACAUACACCUUUUGAAAUGGUUGGGCAAAAAGAGUUUCCUACAUGGGCUGACAAAUUUCCCAUUGCAAAAAGAAAGUUGGGCUUUAAAAUAGCCAAUAACCUUUAGUUUACAUCACAGCCAUAAUGAGCAUUAUUUGCUAUGCACUAUGAAUCUUCAUUCAGUU